GCUGUUGCUCCCCACCCGUGUAUGCGAACAUCCCAUGAAGAAACAAAUUUUCAAUUUUUAUACACAUCGCCUCGUAGAUAGUUGGGAAAUAAUCUGUUUUUGCCAAAUUCGCCUUGCACCGAGUGUCGCUGUGUCGCACUGACCCUUUUCGACACUGCUCGUCCGCCGAUCGAUCGCAUCGAACCCGUAUUAAUCGUCCGUCCGCACGAGCCGCGAUCGAGAGCACCGACCGAGCAUCGCGGCCGCUGCCGUCGUCGGACGGUAAUUAACGAUGUGACCGUCCGAUGCGAAACAAGAACGAGAUGAAGAGGGCCAGAGUGGAGGUGCCGGGGGCCCCCGCCGAGGACGAGGAUGGCGUGCAGAUCAGCCUGGCGCCCUACCUGCAGACGUACCUGGCGAACGGAGGCCGCGGCUCGGACGGCUCCCAGCGCCGCCUCUCCAGCUGCCUGCCGACCCUGUUCGAGAGGGCCUCGGACACGUGGUGGGACCCUCGUUUCGACUCGGAGGUGCUCGAGGGCCAGUUCUGGCGCAGCUCCUUCCCGCAGAUCCGCGAGCGCUUCCAGUUGUGCCUGGCCUACCUCUUCCUCGGCUCCCUCCUGUGGAUGGGCUACUUCGGGGUGGUUCGCACGCCCCACUGGCUCGUCAUCCUACCCGUGCUGGGCCUCGUGCUGCUCAUGCUGGCAGCCGCGUUCGCCCUGUCGCGCAACCAGCACUUUCAAGGCCACUACCAGCUCGUCUCGGCCGUCGUCAUCCUCUCCUCGUGCCUCUUCUCGCUGCUCUUCAUCGUACCCGAGGCUCGAGAGCUGGCCGUCGACCUCACCCCCGUCGGCCUCUUCUCCCUCUGCGUCGAACUGCUGCUCAUCCUCUACACGAUGGUGCCGCUGCGGCUGCACGCCUGCGUCCUCAUCGGCGUUGGAUACUCACUGGCCUUCGAGGCCCUCACUGUCUACUUCAUCCGGCCCGACGCCGCUACCGUCGUCUCGCACGUCAUCCUCCACGUCUGCAUCCACAUCAUCGGCAUCCACAUCCUCGUGAUGACCACGGUCCGCAUGCGAGGCACCUUCGUCAAGGUGGGACAGUCGCUGCUCGUGCGCCAGCAGCUCGAAAACGAGAAGCAGCUCAAGGAGAAAAUGAUCCUCUCCCUCAUGCCUUCAAAGGUGGCCGAGUGGCUGCUCAAGGAGGGGCACAGCGAGGAGGACGAGACCCUGGAGGACGAGGGCGGCUCGAUCCUGCGCAAGGUAUCGACGCCGCGGACCUCCAACCCCGGCGACAUCCGCUCCCUCUUCAGGCCGUUCAACAUGCACUGCAUGGACAACGUGUCCAUCCUGUUCGCGGACAUCGUUGGCUUCACGCGGAUGAGCUCAAACAAGACGGCCGAGCAGCUGGUCAGCCUUCUGAACGACCUCUUCGAGCGGUUUGACGACCUGUGCGCGCGGCACGGCUGCGAGAAGAUCUCGACGCUGGGCGACUGCUACUACUGCGUGUCCGGCUGUCCGCUGCCCCGACCCGACCAUGCUGCCUGCUGCGUCGAGAUGGGCCUUUCGAUGAUCGUGGCCAUCCAGGCCUUCGACCGAGACCGCAACGAGGAGGUCAACAUGCGCGUUGGCGUGCACACGGGCACCGUCCUCUGCGGCAUCGUCGGUACCCGUCGCUUCAAGUUCGACGUCUGGUCCAAUGACGUCACCCUGGCGAACCGCAUGGAGUCCACCGGACAGCCGGGAAAGGUGCACAUUUCCGAGGCCACUAGCAAGUACCUCAACGAUAUGUACGUCUUGAAGGAAGGGGACCAGGUCCAAGAUAUGAAGACUUAUUUCAUAGUAAACAGAAAAGCCGACCUCUCGCCGAGGAGACACCAAGGAAUCUCGCCAGCACCACCAACAAGGUCGACCCUGAAAGCGACCUCCCUUCCGAGCAUACUCGACUCGGAACAAGAGAUGGACGAGGAGCCUCUUGAGGAAAUCAAAGCGCUCACUCCCCAAUCUCUUCCAGAAGAAAAUCAAGAAGAGACAACCUUUUGGAAAUGGCCUGCAAAAUCGAAAUCUCAAGAUAAGCUGACAAAUGCUAAAAAUCCUGUGACUAUAUCUCCCACAAAAAGUAAACAAAGUGGGAGUGAAUUUGUGUCAACAAGUCCUGUCAGACAGCUCAAAGUACCAACCACAGAGGACCAGCUCAGCACAAGUCCCUCGAUAAACAGUAGGAAAGACUCGGGCAUCCGAAGUAACAGCAGGAGAAGCAGCAUCCAGCAGCAGAUUUACAUGAUGAAUGGUUUGGCUCAGAAUGAUGUGAUGGGGCACCGAGUCAGCGGCUACUACACUUCCAGCCAGGAUUCUAUUGCAGAUCCUGAUGGAGCAAUGAAUCUUGCAGAAAAAAUCAAAAUCGAAGACACCGAGUUCCAGUGGAACAAAAUCCGCAAGUUGUCGGACCUGCAGAUGAUCCGGUGCGUGCAGGAGCACUCGAUCGACCCCAACGACGCGUGUUACUUCUCGAAGAAGCCGCUGAACCGACUGACCCUGUUUUUCAAAGACGCGCCCAUGGAGCGGGACUACCGCAUGCUGGCGCACUGCGCGGACACGUCCAAGAUCACGGCGCCAAACACGCUGGCCUCGGCCAGGCUCAACACAUAUCUCGACCUGAUGGUGGCGCUUCUCGUCUUUUCGCUCAUGGCAAUCGGCCUGAGCGCCCUCUUCGGCUUCCAGCACACCGCAUUCGUCAUCACGCUCGCCCUGGCCGCCGCCAUCUGCUUCUCGGUGCUCACCUGGGGCGCCUUCCGGCUCAUCUGUCCCAAGCGACCGGCGCUCUGUUGGUAUCCAUGGCAUGUUUUCGGCGCCGUGGUGCUCAGCCUGCCGGCGCUGGCUGUGCUCACCAACUUCCAUUGCAACUCGCUCUUCUCGGCCCAGGUGGUGCAGCCGUACUGCCUGCUCAUGCUGGUCGCCUUGGUCCACUUCUGCAACUUCACGCAGCUCAACUGCUGGAUGAAGAGCGCGAUUGCCGCCGUCAUGGCCGCCACUUUUCUCGCCCUGGUGGCGCACAGUCCUGGCUGCGACCUGAACGCUGCCGCCUUCAACUCGACGGCUGGUGCCAACUUCACUGACGUGGAGGAUGGGCAGAGGGUCCUCGGCUCGGCCGAGCAGCUCUUCAGGCAGGAGGUGUACGUAGACGUCUUCCUGCUGCUGCUGCUGAUCGUUCUGCUCAACCGCGAGUUCGAGAUAAGCUUCCGGCUGAGCUUCCACGGCAACGCGUUGGCCGCCACCGACCGCGCCAGAGUGCAGGCGACCAAAAACCAGGUGGACUGGCUGCUGCACAACAUCAUUCCGCGGCACGUGGCCGAACAGAUCAAGAGCAAAGCCAUGUAUUCAGAAAACCACCGGCAGGUGGGCAUCCUGUUCGCGUCGAUCGUGAACUUCAACGAGAUGUACGACGAGUCGUACCUGGGCGGGCGCGAGUAUUUGCGCGUUCUCAACGAGCUGAUCAGCGACUUCGACGAGCUGCUGCACAAGAGCGAGUUCAAGAACGUGGAGAAGAUCAAGACGAUCGGCAGCACGUACAUGGCGGCCUCCGGGCUGAACCCGAAACUGCGGGCGGCCAACGGCCACCAGCACCACCACCUGUUCGAGCUGGUCGAGUUCGCUCGGGCCAUGCAACGCGUCGUGGCCGACUUCAACAAGGACCUGCUCGAGUUCAAGUUGGUGCUGCGCAUCGGCUACAAUCACGGCGACGUCACGGCCGGCGUCAUCGGCACCACCAAGCUCUAUUACGACAUCUGGGGCGACGCCGUCAACAUCGCCAGCCGCAUGGAUUCGACCGGCGUGCGCGAACGGAUCCAGGUCGGCGAGUCGUGCCUGCCCGAGCUCGCCGAGCGCUAUCAAUUUGAACCCAGAGGAUCCAUCUACGUCAAGGGCAAGGACAACAUGCGCGUCUUCCUGCUCAAGGACGAGGACAGCUGACUGCCGAAACAUUCCCCCAAAUAAUAUUCGUUUCGAAACGCGGUUGAUCUUUUUUACAUUACUCGGCAAUGUCUCGCGGUGUGUCUAGUAUUAAUCGAGGAUGCUGAGCUUUGGUCCAAUGGGAUUGUCCGGAAUUUUAGAUCCGGAAUUUGUCCAAUGUUAAUGACACAAUUUUAUUAUUAUACCAGAAAAUCAUUCUAGACAUUCUGCUGGUUUUUGUGAUGAUAUUCACUCUGUAAACUCUACUUGGCGUUGUUUUAUUUCAUUAUUUUCCAGAAAAGUCCUUGAAUAUUAUAUUUUGGCUCUAAAAUGCAAAUAUAGCCCAGAUUUCUUUUCGAGGGAAAAUUCUAAAAAUAUAUCUUAUGGGUUAACCAAAAGCCCUUCCGUGAAAAUUCAAGUUUUUCUCUGAAUGUAAAAAAUGACUCACCAAUCGAUCUGUCGUACCAAUCUUUGCUGUGGACCAAAUUUCAUUAAAAUUUAUCUACAAUUGAAUUUUUAAAUAAAUUUUUAAAUUUGAAUCAUUUUUUUCAGAGCCACGUAAAUCACAAAAAAAUUUGAAUCUUGAGCCUUCAAAGAAAUAGCGAAUUCCGCAAUUUUGGACAAACUCCAUUUGGACUGGACAAGGUGACCCACAUUCGUAGCAAAUCGCUCUGGGAAUAAGGUUCCUCAAAAUGUGUGACAAUAUGAACCCAAAAAAUAAAGAUGUAUUAGUUUGAUUUCAAAGUGCCAUUGUCGUUUGUCAAGAAAUUGUGAUCUAUUCGGGGCCUUUUUUACUCAUGGCCUGUCUUAUGUGCAUCGUAUUGCCGGCUGCAGUGUGUGCCACUCUGAUUAAUUUUCACGCUCUCUGCAGCCAAUUUGAGACGUGCUUGAGAUUUUCCAAAUUUUUCGUUUCACGUCGGAAAAAGAUCUAAUGCGCACGCACGCGUUUUCAACAUUCCUCUUUAUUCUUUGUUGAUAUUUAGUUUGCUUAAUUAAAGACGAUACAUUUGCCCUCUCCCAUACAAUCUCUUGCCAUGUAAUUAUGCGACUCUGAAUUCUAAUUGGAAUUUUGUGAUUAUAAAAUUAAGAUCACCAAGCAAAAACGUAAUUAUUAUUACUAUUAUGAUAAUACUAUACAUAAUCUUUUUAAUGAUAUUCCAGAAUUUACCUGAUAUUGACAAAAACGUACUUGUGAUUGGAAUUAAUGGAUAAAUGUUUGUUGCCUUAUUAUUACAUAUAUAUUAUGUAUAUGUCAUUGUUGUCGAAAAUAUGGUUAUAAUUAUACAAAUGGCAACUGCAUCUGUUUAUGGCGGUGCCCUUUAAUUUGCAGCUGUCAUUUUUUAUUCACCUGUUUUAUUACUGAGCGAAGUUAUUGAAAACACUUUACGUGUGUGCUGUACUGAGCUGAUUACAAAAUUAUUAAAUUGCUGACUUUUUAACAUUACACGAGGAAAUAUAUAUUUAACUUUUUGUGAGGAAGAA